CCGGAGAAUAUUUCAUUAAGUGCAUGCGCUCUGCUGACCAGUGCAUUGAUUUUUCUUUCCCAUGCCACUAUCUUUUCCACCUCGUCAGAACACCGGCCGCUCCCAUUUGCUUACCGCCCAGGUAGUCCGAGCCGUCAUGACACUUUCGUAUCCAAUCACCCUCUGGCGACGAUGUUUUCGAUACGGCAGAUAUUCACUGAAAUCAGGCGAGCCUACAAUGGACUGAAGGUCCUCCUGGACGGCUGCAACUUGGCGGGGACGCUCAUCACCCUUUCAAUGAUUGUGACGGCCAUCAGCGUCGUGCCCUUGACCAUUCUCGCCUGCAUCACCGGUUUCCUGGCCUGGGGCUUCAUCCUCGUCCGCACCGCCUUCAUCUCCGUCCAGGCCUCCGUCCUGGCCAUCUUCGACUUCUUCUUCAUCGAGCACAAGCCCAGCUACCCCCGGCUCGGCAGUGUCAACCACGGACGCCCGCCUACCUACGAGGAGUGGUGCGCCAUUGUCGAUACGGGCCCCUACCACCCGAAUCCGCCGUUUCCGAGGUUGCCGGAAUACAUGAUGCCCAGCGACAGCAGCGACGACGUGAAACCACCCAAGCCGAGCAGCUCGUUCCUUCAGGCCCCGGAUGAAUCGCCCACGAGGCGCCGCAAGAGCACCGGCGCCAUCACAACCCCCCACCUCCACAGUCGUUCGGGCCAGCCUCCGGACAUUGAGGAGACCACAGAGGUCAAGUUCGACGAGUGGAUUGAGGUUAAAGAUUACGGUUUUCCGGUGUCGCCCGAGGACUCGGUGUUUGAUGAGAAUGGAGAGUUCAGGGAUCUUGGACUUUAUGGGAGCGCAUGGGAUCUGUUGUGGUCGGCUUAUAAUCGCGGAACCGAUCGAUAUACCGCCUGGUGGGAAGUGCCGUCCCGUACAGCAGGAGGAUCGCCACGUAGAGCAAGGAAGAAAAAGCGUGGUACUGGUCACACUGCUAAAAAUGGUCAUAUUACUAAACACGCUUGAUUUUGGAACAUACUCUAGUAAUUUUAGAUGGUAGACCUUCCGGGUCAUUGGAAAUUCAUAAUGAGCUGAUUCAAUCUGGCUAGGAGGCACCAAGGACUGUGACUUGGCCUUGUGAGUCGUGG